AUGGAUCAUCUUGGAUAUUCAGGUGGUAUUAGUAGAGUGGGUAUUCAACAUAAUAGAUAUAGCGGUCAAUUUAGUGAUAGAUAUAGUCAAUAUAGUGAGAGUGAAUACGAUCCAUCAGAAACCACACAUUCAGAGAGUGAUAGUGAAAAUCACCAUCAUAGUAAUAUCCCAAUACUUGAGUACCCAUCAUUUCUAUCACAAUCGAAUGAUAAUGUAAGCAAUGGUCCAUCAAACAAUACUCUAAGUAGUAGUGCAACUAGUUUGGGAAAUAAUGAUGGUGAUGAAGAUUUAGAAAAUGUUAUUAAUAAUUAUCUCUCAUUUGAAAAAGAUGUUGAUAUUUUAACUGAACGUUUAGGUAAAACGUUAUCAACUUUAGAAACUGAAAUGAUUGUUGGUGUUUUAGAUUCAGGUGUUGGAGUUAAUGAAGUUAUAAGUCAAUUAGGUGAUAAAGAUGGUACACAUUUAACAGGUGUGACGGCAUGGAUUGAGUAUUAUAAUAAACAAUUACAAGAUAUGAAGAAAUAUAUUGAACAUAUUGAAGGAAAGAAUAAUAAGAUGGAGAUUGUAUCAAGAAAUCAAAAGUUAUUAUACUCUGAAUUGAAUAAUUUAAUUGGGUUAAUGACUUUAUCAGACAACACAAUUUCCACACUAACAGCACCACAAUUUAACGAUACCAAGGGAUUAAAGAUGGCAAUUGAAGCAGCUGAAGAUUUAAAACGUGCAUUAACAACCAAAUUAAAGAGUGGUAUGGAUAAUAUGAUGGCUGUUAAAGAUCAAAGAAAGGUAUUUGAAACUUAUAAAAUCUCAUUUGCAAGAAAGGUCGCAGCAUUGGUUGAAAAUAUAUUUAAAACCACUGAUAAGGAAAUUGGUAAACAUGUCAUCACAACAACAUCUCAAACACCCGGUGAAGAAAAGUUUCCAGAUUACUUGGAAUACUAUGACCUUUUAAGAAAAUUUAAACCAUUGGUUAAUUGGUUGAAAGAGAUGGAUCAUGAAAAGUUAAUCCCAUUGAUUGUUUCUUAUAUUAAAGCAUUUCGUCGAAUUUAUGAAAGUGAUAUUAAACUUUUCUUUUCAACUAUUCAACAGUCAUUAGAAAAAGAAUCAAAGGAUCAAAAUGAUUUCUUUUCUUCUUCAUCUUCAUCAAAGAAAUCAAUUGAUAGUUUAAAUAACAAUACAUCAACAAGUACACCAUCUAAAAAUAGUAGUAGUAGUAGUAGUAGUAGUAGUGGCAAAGAUGGUAUUAAAAAACGUAAAAUCAAUAGAUUAUUUAAAUAUGCAUUAUCUUGUUUAGAAAUUUAUAUAAUGACAAAACAAAAUUUUGUAAUGGAUUUCUUUUUAUAUCAAGACCCACCAAGACUAGCUGGUCAACGUAAUCAUCAUUCAAAUAGUAGUGGUGGUGGUAGUGGUAGUAAUAAAGAUGGUAAGGAUAGAAAAGAUAAAAAAUCAAGUAAAAAAGAUAAAAAAGAUAAAAAAGAUAAAAAAGAUAAAAAAGAUAAAAAAAAAAAAGAUCCAGAUUCAUCAUCAUCACCUUCAUUGGAUAAUGAUAAACCAAUUGAUUCAAAUAGUCCAAAAUCUCCAAAUAAUGCAGUCAAUGGCUCAUUAUCAUCAACAGAAGAAUCAUCACCACCACCACCACCACCACCACCACCUAAAGAAUCACCAGAUGCACCAUUGGAUUUAAUAUUAAGUGCAAUGUUUAAUGGAGUUGUACCAGAAUUAAUAAAUAUGGUUGAAAAAGCUGAUCAAGUUAAUCCAUUCUAUCUUUUAACAAUGUUACUUGAAACAGAGUUAUAUAUUGACGCUCAUUCACGUAAAGAUUCUCAUCAUUCUUCAUAUUUUGUAAAGAUUUUGGCAGAGGUACAAAAAAGUAUAAAAACUUUAUUCAACAAAUUUUUAGAAGUUCAAGUUGAUGCAAUUAAGUCAACUCAAACCUCUUUAAAGAGAUGUGGUGUUUUACCACAUUUUAGAAAUUUUCAUAUCUUUGUUAAAGAAUUACAAAAGUAUAAAUCUGAAUCAGACACUGGUUCAAGCACUCUUUUAAUUGAAUCAUCCUAUAAGAAGAUCAUAUUAGAGCUAUUUAAUUGGUUGGAUGGUUUGGUAGAGAAAUUACCAGAGGAUAAAAAAUACAAAUUCAUUUCAAAACUUGAGAAUCAUUAUUUCUUUUAUUUGAAAUUACAAGAACUUAAUAUCAAUUGUCUAACUCAACAUAAAGAUACCUCUCAAUCAAUUUUUAAAGAAAAUUUGGAAAUCUAUGUAAACUUUUUAAUUGAUCUCAAAUUCAAACCAUUAAUUGAAUACUACACAAAAAUGGAUGAACUAUUAUUAACUUUACCACCUUCUGAUAUUCAAUUCCAACAAUCUCAUUCAAAACAACAAUUUAAAAAAAUUGUUGAAAAGUUUAAAACUGAAAAUAUUGAAAAAGGUUUAUUGAAAGCAUUAGGAAAUGUUCAAAAGAAUAUUACAAAAGAUUCACAAUUGAUACUUGUUAUUUGGGAAAGAUUGGAAGAAGUUUUCAUUGAAAAGUAUGAACAUUUUCAAGAUAUUACAAGUGAUUGUUAUAAUCAAACCAUGCCUGUUAGUUCUGAUCAAAUUAAAGGUAUAUUUGGUACAGUAUAUAAAAAAAAUCCAAAUAAACAUUAA